GGUUGGAUCAGCAACGAACAACAACGACGAACGGCAGCGAGCAGCAGCGAACACCGAAGAGCGAGGGACGAUAUGAAGGUCAACUCUAACGUAGUACUGAAGGGUUCCAAAGCAAUCCUCGUGCCCUACAAGCGAGAGCAUGUCCUGAUCUACCACGAGUGGAUGAAAGAUCCGUUUCUCCAAGAGAUGACGGCAUCAGAGCCCCUGACGCUCGAGGAAGAAUACGAAAUGCAGCAGUCCUGGUACGAAGAUGAGAAAAAGUGCACCUUCAUCCUGCUUUCCUCAGGAAUGGAGCGUAACCGAGUCGGUAUCUCGGCACAGUUCGGAGGCAUGGUCGGCGAUGUCAACUUGUAUUUUAACGACUUUUACGACCCGCAUGUGGCCGAGAUCGAGAUCAUGGUGGCAGAAGAAGAGGCUCGCGGACAAGGACUGGGACUCGAGGCUCUGAGGAUGAUGAUGCGAUAUGCCGUCGAGCGGCUGAGUGUCAAGUCGUUUGUGUCCAAGAUCUCACUCAAGAACGAGUCCAGCCAGCGGCUCUUCCGGGAGCGACUGUCAUUUGUGGAGGAGAGUGUCUCCCAGGCAUUCCAAGAAGUGACGCUGGUCCGGCCUGUGGACGAUGUGCUGGUUCGCGAGCUGGCGCAGACGGUCCAGUGGGAAGAGCGCAUCUUUGAGUGAUGCGUCUCAUCAAUUGAUCAUGGGCUCAGAGUCGAGUGUCUCAUGAAGUGCUUGAACGCCAUGAAUGAAAACGAGUUUCAUGUCGAGUGCCUUGCUAUCCAGCCCGCAUGGUGCGUUUUGGGGGUGCCAACCAGGGCCAAACAGCAGCCGAUAUGUCGGCACUCGCAUCUCACAGCAGCCCAGC